GCCUGCAGUUCAGUGUCUUCUUCCUUUUGUAUUUUUCCGUGUAACAGCUCGACUGUACACCACCUAAUGGGUUGCCCUAAUAACGACAAUAAUAAUAACGUCCUAUCCGUAUGCAUGGCUGACCCAGUCAUUGAAGAUGAGCCCAAGCCUGAGGCAGCUCCUACUUCCUCUACUAAGAAGGAAGGAGUAUUCGCUCCUCAGUGGUUUCACUGUGUGUACCCUCGCAAGCCCGCUACCAGGUCCGAUCCUGUCAUGGUCAAGUUGCUUGCCCAAGUGCGUCGUGAAGGAGCUCUCGGAAGCCGAGUUCGAGGGUGAAAAUUGUCUCGAGAAAAUUUCUGGGAGAUCACCAUGGAAGUUGUCCAUUCUGGCCAGCGGCGAGCAGCUUUGUGCUUUUAUCGUCUACAAAUUCGUCAAUGAGCGUAGGGCUUUCAGCGUCGCUAAAUUGGCGGUGCCCAAGACCAUGCGUGGGAAAGGUUUGGGUACUUUUGUGAUGAAGUGGGUGAAGGAAUCCUGCAAGUCAAAUCCUAAUGUGGACUUGGUCACUCUCUCAAGCUUGCCGGCUGCUAUAAAACUCUAUAAGAAAAUUGGGUUUAGGAAGAUUUAUACGAUUACUCAAAGCGAUCCGGAGGAGGAACUAGUCGAAGGCCAGGUUUAUAUGGAAAUGAACGUACGCAAGCCUGGCCAAGCCCGUCAUCGCGCCUCGCAUCGCCGAACUUGACUAGGGCCCUCGAGACCUCGAGAGAUUGGCUACUUGUUUGUUGGAGGGAGACCUAAAUUGGAUACAUCUAUUAAGACGUUCUCCCUAUUUGUUGUUUUCUACCAUAACUCUGUCCGUACUGGUCUCUACUAUUGUACGCUAGUAAGAACUGAACAGACGUUUCAGUUGAUGCCACUCACGUUAUAUCGCACUCUUCUCGCCGAUGCGAAAGAUAAGCACCCGAGAUCAAAGGUCAUCGCCGUCGUCGUUGGUAUUACCUCACGGUUGGCCAAUUAUAGUCGGGGAAUUAUAGC